AAUAAGAAAUAAAGAUGAGUCUGAAAAUAUGGUUAUGGAAAAUGAGAUUAAUGUUAUUCAGAAAGUGAACCUGGAAGAUGUUGAUCAUAAUAUAGGAUACCAUGAUGGUACGAAAGUAAAGAAUGUAAAGAAACAUAUUGAUGAAAAUAGUGCACCAAUAACGCAUAACAUGAACUCUAGUAAUUCUGAGCCAAAACUUAAAUUCAAAACUGUGAUGUUUCGUGUUAAUAAAACAGUUACCAAGAAAACUACAGAGGUAGAAAAUCCACUUAGAGAUUUAAAGAAACAUCAAAGUGAUGCACUACUAUGGAAAAAUUCUAGCAGGAUCGCCAUGUGGUCUGAAUAUCCAUUUGCAGCUGUCUACAUAUUCGAACCUUUACAGAUACACUGUGAUGCAGCUGCCUUAAGUCCACACUGGUUGGUGACCGCUGGAUCCUGUUUAUCUCGUUUCCACCGCAAGGAUCCUCUGACUGAAGGCCGUUCAGCUUUCGUGGCGUAUUGUGGUCAGAACUGGUGGCAACCUGAACGAGUAGCUUAUGUGAAGUACAGCAUCGUACAUCCGAAGUUUCAUCCCAAAGAUACAAGAAGAUUUCUGUACAAUAUCGGCCUCGUUCAAGUCGUUGGCUCAAUGGCUUCAUGCUUCGGUUGGGCGCCAAUUUCGCUGAUGUCCCAUAACUUCGCUGCCGAUGCUGAUGGGUCCCUGGCUACAGCCGUAGGAUGGGGUCUAGACAGAUACGAUGUGAGAUUUACGUCUGUUGAGUUACCUAGAGUGCCACUGUCUGCAUACAACGGUUUUGUAUACUCCACAACAUGCCCUGGCAGUAAAGGUUUCGGUAAAGUGAAAUUGUACAGCGACGAAAGUGUAGUAGUGAGGAACAACAUGUAUUGUUUAUCGCUGCCCCCUUACUCCGGCGAAGAGAACGAUCCCAUCCAUGGGAGUCUGCUUCUUGUUGGUGGCAAACUGAUCGCUUUGUACUUGCAGGAGGAGCGCCGCGUCUGGGGCGAGCAGUCGGCGCAAUACACCGGCGUGUGGCGGCUCGUCCCGUGGGUACACGAAGUGGCUCGCGAGCCGGACGAAGCCGACGGCUUUGCUAUUGACAUUUGACCUUAAUUGUUCCACUGAUAGUGACGAUAUGGGGCUACUGUUUAAAAUUAAAAAAAAAUCAAAAAUAUAGUUGUAGUUUGUGUGAAUACACCUUUAUAUUGUGACUAUAUUAUUAGGCCUGGCUCAGACACGUACGGUGACUGCGCGGUUUCUGGGUGGUUCUCAUCUAGGCGAUGUACUGAGGCGGUAGCCGUGCGGGACAGUGCGGUAAGGUUUGUUGUACGAGUAAAUAGACUUUAAAAAAGGAGGAGGUUUUAUGUUCGACUGUAUGUGUAUUUAGUUCCUGUAUUGUCUUUUGAACCAGCCUUUACUCAAGACUCGAAACUGCAAUAGACGUUUUGAAAGCCACAAGAACGCUUUAAAGUAGACUCUUAUGUAAAAUGCCUUUACUAAGCGAGACAGAUAUAAAUCUUGUUGUAAUGAAUAUUGCUCUUCAUUAAUUGACUGUAGUGUGCUAAUAACCAUUAAGACUACACCUCUCUCGAACACAACAAAUAGUUUGUCGUGUCGACCUGUGGCUUGAACGCUUUUAAUCAACCCGCUACAUUACGGUCCCCCUCAUCGUGUUACUCUGGAUUUAGGGAUUUAUGUUACG